AUGUACGCAAUUGUGCCUGAUAAUACAUUCCUCGUUCAACUCAGUCUAGAAGACGUUCUUUCCAUUCAACACCUGUACGGCGCUAAAAAAGACACUAAAUUUCCAAAAUUAAUAACCAAUACACCGACGACUACCACAACGACGAUGACGACGACUACGAAAGACGUCGAGACGGAUCUGUGCAUUUUGCGAAACGUGGAUACCGUACUGAUAAUGAACGGUCGAUUGCACAUCUCGCACGAACGGUACAUGUGGUCGAUCGAUAUAGACGGAAAAACUUACAAGAAACCCUUGCUAUUGACGGACUACAUGAAAUUUUUUCCUAAGAAUUUCACGCGUCUAACGGCAGGGUAUCAGGCGCCCUCGGGCAAUAUCGUGCUGUUCGCGGGCAAUAUGAGCUACAUGAUCACUUAUCCGCGUGUAACGCUAGUGUCAACUUGGCCGAGACCUGACACAGAUCUCGGAAUUCCCGAUGCAAACGCGAAGAUCAACGCCGUGCUGAACACGAACGAAGGACAUCAUGUACAACGAUAA